AUGACACAUCCUGAGUCACGGCUUUUCCAUUCAGCAACGGCCCGGGGGGAGCGAAACCCCCCACGGCGGCCCCCGGACACGCGCGACCCCCCCGGGACCCCCCCCGGACGGCGAGGGACCCCCGCGCACCGGCUGCGGCGGCGCGGAGCGGCGGGGGGGGGCGGGGGGGCGGCGGUGACCGGGGCCGGUGCCGCGGGGUCGGGGACCGGAGAGGGGCACCGGGGGCGCACCUGGGGCGGGGGGGCCGGGGCGCACCUGGAGCGGCAACGAACCCGCACCGGGGGUACCGGGAGCGGCACCGAACCCGCACCGGGGGUACCGGGAGCGGCACCGAACCCGCACCGCGGGUACCGGGAGCGGAACCGAACCCGCACCGCGGGUACCGGGAGCGGCACCGAACCCGCACCGGGGGUACCGGGAGCGGCACCGAACCCGCACCGGGGGUACCGGGAGCGGCACCGAACCCGCACCGGGGGUACCGGGAGCGGAACCGAACCCACACCGGGGGUACCGGGAGCGGAACCGAACCCUCACCGGGGGUACCGGGAGCGGCACCGAACCCGCACCGGGGGUACCGGGAGCGGCACCGAACCCGCACCGGGGGUACCGGGAGCGGAACCGAACCCGCACCGGGGGUACCGGGAGCGGGGCCGAACCCGCACCGGGGGUACCGGGAGCGGGGCCGAACCCGCACCGGGAGUACCGGGAGCGGAACCGAACCCGCACCGGGGGUACCGGGAGCGGCACCGAACCCGCACCGGGGGUACCGGGAGCGGCACCGAACCCGCACCGGGGGUACCGGGAGCGGCACCGAACUCGCACCGGGAGUACCGGGAGCGGAACCGAACCCGCACCGGGGGUACCGGGAGCGGCACCGAACCCGCACCGGGGGUACCGGGAGCGGAACCGAACCCGCACCGGGGGUACCGGGAGCGAGGGGGGCACCGGGACCGAUCCCGAACCUGGAGCAAGCCGCAUCUGGACCUGUCCCGCACCGGGACCGGGAGUACCGGGAGCAGGGUCACACCUGGACCGGGAGUCCCGGCAUCGGCCCCGAACCUGGCCCGGGCCGUAGAGGGAACGGCCCGGGUGGUACCGGGAGCGGGGCCGCACCGGGACCGGGUCAUCCCGGAGCCGGUCCCGAGCGGGGAUCGGCCCCGCCUCCGGAACCGGCACCGGAGCCCGAAUCCGCACCGGUACCGAGCGCCCGGCCCCAGCGGGAUCCGGGAGCCGUCCGGACCGCGCCGCUCCCGGCACCGGGGGGGACCCCGCGCUCCCGCACCUGAGCCGGGGCCGCACCUGGACCAGGCUGGACCGGACCGGGCCAGCACCGGGGGCACCCCGACCCCGCGCCGCGUCCCCCCCCGCCGCUCCCCCUCGCGCGUGGCCGUGAGUCCCGGGGGUCCCGCGACCCCCCAGUUUGGGGGGAGGGGCUCCCCUUCCCCUCCCCCCCAUCCCCCCGGUGCCGGCGGCUCCGGCCCGUCCCCUCCCCCCGCCCUUCCCGGCCCCCCCACCCCGAUUUCCUGGCCCGGCUCGGCCCUUCCUGCCCCCCCCGGGAAACCGGGGACUGGGGAGUUCUCCGGGAAUUCGGGAAUUCGGCACCGCAGAGGCCGCGGGGAGCCGGCACCGGGGUAA